GCGUGCUCUGAUAACUGGUAGCAGCCAUUUUUCAUCCAUCUGUGAUCCUUUGAUUUCCAUUUUUACUGUUCUCAUCCUUCUCUGUCAUCAUCUAGUCUAAAGAUGCCUCAUAUGGCUUCUGAGAUUAUUGCCUUUGUGCUAUCAGUAUCUGGCUGGGUUUUGGUUAGCUCCACUCUACCCACUGAUUACUGGAAAGUCUCUAGUAUUGAUGGCACAGUUAUCACCACUGCAACCUUCUGGUCCAACCUUUGGAAAACAUGUGUUACCGACUCAACAGGGGUGUCCAACUGCAAGGACUUUCCUUCUAUGUUGGCCUUAGAAGGCUACAUCCAAGCGUGCCGAGGUUUGCUAAUAGCCGCUGUAAGCCUGGGAUUUUUUGGCUCAAUAUUUGCUCUUGUUGGCAUGAAGUGCACAAAGAUUGGAGGCUCGGAUGACACUAAAGCAAAACUCACCUGUUUCUCUGGCUUGCUAUUUAUCUUGAGUGUGGGAGUGUUUCUGCCAGCUGGCCCCAGAGGCAGAGGAACGUGGGCUGGACUGCCCGAGUUGCCUGUGGGAACUCCUGGAGACACCUUAGCGGGUCUCAUACGGGCUUCACUCGCACCCGGUCUCUGUGCUAUGACUGGAGUGUCCCUUUAUGCACACAAAAUAACCUCUGAAUUCUUUGAUCCAUCAUUCCUGGAGCAAAAGUAUGAACUAGGUGCUGCGCUGUUCAUUGGAUGGGCAGGAUCGUCUCUUACCGUCAUAGGAGGCGCUAUUCUUUGCCUCUCUUUGAACGACAGUAUAAAAAAAGCCAGAGUAAGUUAUUCUUACAAUGGAGCAAAGUCUGUAAGAUCUGCACAUAUAAGCCGCCAUGAUCAGAACAACAACCGUAAUGGACAGAGAGGAACACCAAGAAAUUUUGACAAGAAUGCCUAUGUGUGACCGUUUCUACGUAACGGACAAUUGCCUCUUAUCUGUCAGAUGCAGGUUCUGCACUACCCCAGCUUUUCCCAAAGAGAAGAUUUCUUAAAAGAUUUAACAUCCCAUUGUGACCUCAUUGUAAAGUGAUGGCUAUUUUUCGGACAAGGAGCAGCCCAAGUGUCAAACAUACUGAAGACAUGCAAUAUCUAAUAUCCUCAGUAUAAGGGUCCAUUCACACGUCCGUACGUGUUCAGCGGAUCCGCAAAACACGAACACCGACAAUGUGCGUUCUGCAUUUUGCGGACCACACAUCGCCAGCACUCUCAUAGAAAAUACCUUUCC